AUGGAUGAUGGGGGCAUGGCUAUUGCACAUAGUUUAGAAGCUAGUGCAGUAUUUGAUCGUGUGGUAGUGCCAGCCUCUGUUCUGCCGAUCAGGUUUGAGUGUAAGAACACCCUCAAGUGUCAACGUUGGCAAAGCCAGGACGUUCGGCUAUGUUACCUGCAAUCGAAAUUUCCUCAUCCUUCGUCUGAACGCGUGCUGUUGAACUUUGAAGCAAAUAUGUGA